GGGGCGGAAACCCCCGACACGAAGUGCGUUGUAGCGUGUUAGCUCUCUGGUUACUGCUCGUGGGGGGACUUGAUGGGUUAUGAAGACCUAGUUAACUUCUUUGUAGGAUGUUCGGGGAUCUGGAGCGGAACCCCCGGAGUCUGCUGGUCUGUGAUCGGUCCAGUUUCCUGGAUGACAAGAACCGACUGAGCUCUCAGGUGGAGCAGCUGCACUUCAACUACAAGGUGUCCAUGCUGCUACCUGAGUGUAGCUCCACCCCCUCCCACCUGGAAGCUGUUCUUAACAGUAUUGACAGUUUCUACCUUAUCAGGAAUCUGCCGAUACACGAGCUGCUGGACAAACACUUCCUGGAGACCGCUGUGCACCAUGGAGGUGUAUCCGGUUUGUCCUACCGGACCAGGAUCGAUGAAGACAACUGUGUCGCCCUGCUGCCAAGCGGUCGCCUGUCUCUCUCUCUGGAUAAAGACUCCUUUGAGUUGUUGGGAGUUGAAGGGAAACCGUCCAGAUUUAACCACCGAACAAACAGCAGAUUUGUUGUGUCAGUCGAUUUGACUGACAGCAGCAUGGCUCCUGGUGGGCGGGGCUACCAGAGAUUCGUGACAGGUCUGAGGUCACGCCUCAAACUGAAGACGGACUUCCUGCUGUCACAUCCAGGGGGUGGAGCCUCACUGCAGGCCCUCCUCUCUCGCUAUGAUUGGUCAGAGCACAGACCUGAGAUCCAAAGCCACACCCUGAUAGACUUUACCUGUCCCUUGCUAACCUCUGACCUGCAGUCAUGUGACCCCCACUGCCUUUUGGAGUGGCUCGGGGCUGUGGAUGCCCACGUCAGCUGUGAGAACUUGUCCAGCAGCUUCCUGUCCUCAUUUGUCUGUCCUGAGCCGAAGGCGACAACAAGUCGAGCUCUGAGCGUCUCCGUUCGCGGACUUCUGCGUCCUCAAGGCGUCCACAGACUCAUCCAGCAGAUCAGGUUGUACCUGGAGCAGCCUCAGGUGGAGUCAUGGGCCUCGCUCACGGUACAUGGAUUUGUUGACAGUCCGGUUUCGUGGAGUGAAGAAGAACACGGUGUCCUCAGAGGUGGCGAGAACUUCUACAGCCUGCUGAUGUUCCCUGACCAGACCUACCACCUCCACUUGGGGACAGGAGCCCACGACACCUGUCCUCCAUGACCACACCUGUCCUCCCUGAUGAUGUCACCAGCAGCUUGUUUCAGUUUUAAAUGAAUCUGUGACAUCAGGUUUUGUUGUAGAAACCAGUUUCAGAUCUGUAUUUUGAUUUGAAGCAUACUAAAAUAAAGAAAACCAUUUUAGUUGAAACAGUAAAUAUUUCAGACUGAGACUGAUUCUUUUUAGGCCCCUGGGGCCAGAAUCAUAAGGACUGAUUUGAAGGUGUAAACCCCCCUCCCCCGUUUUUCUAUCUCAUUUGUCCUAAAAUAAAUGGAUUUCUCAGCAUAUUUGAAAUUGGUUAAUACUAAUUUGCUUAUGACAUUUUGAUGUGCUUCUGAUGACAUCACUGCUUGGAAAUAAAGUUUCUAUCUUUCGAAUUUA